CGCUGGGACGGAACUCGGGUUCCUCUUAAACCCGGAAUGUGAGGCUCCGGCCCUCCCGUCUGCUGCUGCCCUUCCAGUGCUUUAGCCCGGCCUCCGUCCGCUGUCACUGUGCCCAGGCCGGCUCCUGGAGGAGCCCGGGCGGCUGUGCCCUUCGGCCGUGUGCCCUCGUGGCUGCCGCCACCCUCGGAAUCCUCCGGGGCCGCAGAAGAGUUCGCUACGGAGGGAGGCGGGGGCCUUCGGGAGGAGGAGGAGGAGGCGGAGGAGGAGGGAAGGAAGAUGGCGGCCGUGGAACUAGAGUGGAUCCCAGAGACUCUCUAUAACACCGCCAUCUCCGCUGUCGUGGACAACUACAUCCGUUCCCGCCGAGACAUCCGCUCCUUGCCCGAGAACAUCCAGUUCGAUGUUUACUACAAGCUUUACCAACAGGGACGUUUAUGUCAACUGGGCAGUGAGUUUUGUGAAUUGGAAGUUUUUGCUAAAGUAUUACGGGCUUUGGAUAAAAGACAUUUACUUCAUCAUUGCUUUCAGGCUUUGAUGGAUCAUGGUGUAAAAGUUGCUUCAGUCUUGGCCUACUCAUUCAGCAGACGGUGCUCUUACAUAGCUGAAUCAGAUGCUGCAGUAAAGGAGAAAGCCAUUCAGGUUGGCUUUGUUUUAGGUGGCUUUCUUUCUGAUGCAGGCUGGUACAGUGAUGCUGAGAAAGUUUUUCUGUCCUGCCUUCAGUUGUGUACUCUACAUGAUGAGAUGCUUCAUUGGUUUCGUGCAGUAGAAUGUUGUGUAAGAUUGCUUCAUGUUCGAAAUGGAAAUUGCAAAUACCAUUUAGGUGAAGAAACAUUUAAGUUAGCUCAGACAUACAUGGAUAAACUAUCAAAGCAUGGCCAGCAAGCAAAUAAAGCUGCACUCUAUGGGGAGCUGUGUGCACUUCUGUUUGCCAAAAGUCAUUAUGAUGAGGCAUACAAAUGGUGUAUUGAGGCAAUGAAAGAAAUCACAGCAGGGUUACCAGUCAAAGUUGUGGUGGAUGUCUUAAGACAAGCUUCUAAGGCUUGUGUAGUAAAACGUGAAUUUAAGAAGGCAGAACAGUUAAUUAAACAUGCAGUGUAUCUGGCACGGGAUCAUUUUGGAUCCAAACACCCAAAAUAUUCUGACACACUGCUAGAUUAUGGAUUCUACUUGCUAAAUGUAGAUAAUAUCUGUCAGUCUGUUGCAAUUUAUCAGGCAGCUCUUGACAUUCGACAGUCAGUAUUUGGUGGCAAAAAUAUCCAUGUAGCAACAGCUCAUGAAGACUUGGCUUAUUCUUCUUAUGUUCACCAGUAUAGCUCUGGAAAAUUCGAUAAUGCACUAUUUCAUGCAGAAAGAGCUAUUGGCAUCAUUACCCACAUCCUACCUGAAGAUCAUCUUCUUUUGGCUUCGUCAAAGAGGGUGAAAGCACUUAUUUUAGAGGAGAUUGCAAUUGACUGUCACAAUAAGGAAACUGAGCAGAGACUGCUUCAGGAAGCCCAUGAUUUGCACCUGUCUUCACUCCAGCUAGCUAAGAAAGCUUUUGGAGAAUUUAAUGUACAGACUGCAAAACACUAUGGAAAUCUUGGAAGACUUUAUCAGUCAAUGAGAAAAUUUAAGGAAGCAGAAGAAAUGCACAUCAAAGCAAUUCAAAUUAAGGAACAACUUCUUGGUCAAGAAGACUAUGAAGUAGCUCUUUCUGUGGGACAUCUGGCUUCUUUAUAUAAUUAUGACAUGAAUCAGUAUGAAAAUGCUGAAAAACUUUAUUUGCGAUCUAUAGCCAUUGGGAAGAAACUUUUUGGUGAAGGCUACAGUGGACUAGAAUAUGAUUACCGUGGUCUCAUUAAACUUUACAACUCCAUUGGAAAUUAUGAGAAAGUGUUCGAAUACCAUAAUGUUCUGUCUAACUGGAACCGGUUGCGAGAUCGGCAAUAUUCAGUGACCAAUGCACUUGAAGAUGUCAACACCAGCCCCCAGUCCACUGAAGAAGUGGUGCAGUCCUUCCUGAUUUCUCAGAAUGCUGAGGGACCAAGCUGCUGAGGAAAGACCUCAGUUAACCAAUUAACUUUUCCCAGAUUCCAGGGAAUUCAUACUGUGAAAUCUAAACCAUGUUGUUUUGGGGGGCUGGAGUUUGUAUUGAAACACUGGUCCAGUCCAUUGAAGACCCUAUUUUGGGUGAUCCUUAUCUUUCAGAGUGUCCGUAGGAAUAAGCAUAUAUUCAGUUAUAUUCAGCAUGUACCGCAUGUAUAAGUAGUCUGGCCCACAUUUUCAACCUAGUAGAAACAACAAGAAAUCUUUUUUUUUUUCUUUUUAAUAAUAAUUCAUUUUGCAGAAAGCCUGAAAGAAAAAAAAAGAACCCCUAAAUAAAACUAUUUAAGAGUUUAAAAGAGUUGCAUUCUUAUUAUGUAAGGAUGAUUUUAACAGCUUUUUAACAGAUAAUUCUUCCAUGUGGAGGUAUUCAAUAUACUGUAUUAUAAAGAAUUUUAUGGGGAAUAAUCUUUAUUUGCAGUAUAGAAAAGUUAACACCAGUACUAAUAGAAGAGGGACACCCUGAGUUAGGUUUGGCUGCGUUACCCCACAAAGUGGGUACAACCACCCCACAGCUGCGUCUCCAGGGAGGCUGUCAGAGUCAUCCAUACUGGACCAGUGUUGAUCUGUAAGUAGCGGGAAAUGUGAUAUACCUGCAGUUCUGAUUAUAUUUGCUUGUCUAUGUCGGUACAGCAGUACACGGUGCUCUUAUAGUAUUUGCUCAUAGGACCAGAAGGAACUGAACAGGACCAGCCUUACAUGGAAGGUGGUUAUUUGGACCAGAAGCUUCACAUGAUCAUUUUAGCACCUGCCUAUACUUCUAGUAGAAUAACUUCAUUUAUAUGUAUUUUGAAACUGAUAAUGCAGAAAUUAUAUUCUUGUAAUAGAUACCAAACUAUGGAAAUUGGCAAUUUUAGUGACAAAUCUUUAGUCAGAAACAUGGUUGACCUUGCCCUAAGAAAGUCUAUAAAUUAAAAACGUCUGCUGCAGCUGUCCCCUCACUGUAAGCAUAACCCCAGUCAUCACUGCAACAAACAAGUUUAUUGUUUAGUUGCAAAUGAGCUGUGUCCACAUGAGACUAAAGUUACUGUAUAUGUUCUCUGGGCAUUCAUAAAAAAUGAAUGCCCCCAAAUAAGUCUACUUUGAAACUUUCCAUUUUAUUUCAUGGCAAAUAAUAACACAUUUGGAUCAUUUUAUUUGAAAUUCAAGAGUCAAGUAAAAAGAUCCCUUAAUAAUAUAUCUGCUUCACUAAUUUUCCUGUCGGGUUUUGAUUUUUUUUUUUUAAGGCAAAUUGUUUAAUACUGAGGUAAUGAAAUUUAGCAAGUUAUCACAUGUAGCAAUCCAAGAACAAAAGGUAUUUUGCUGUUACCUCAAUUUUUAUUACAAUGGCCCAUGUGGUACCUCUAUAAGAAGCUGGGUUUCCCCGCUAUUUUCAGGGGCCCAGGACUUUGCUGUUCAAAGACGUUGCUCUUGGCUGAUGCUUGGAGCUGUCUGUAGUGGGUGAGUGGAUGUGUGUUGGAUUUUGGUCUUCUUUUGAACAUACACAUUUAGUGGGAAGAAGAAAAAUCUGAACUGUCUGGCUUGUGAGUACAGAACACUUCCAAAUUUCAAAAUGUAUUUUCAUCGAAUAUUUGAAUCCUCCCCACAGUUCAGUCCUGCUUGAGUUGGUUAUUUGUAGUCUUGUUAUGACUCAGUACAUUUAGUUCCUUAGAGAAAUGAAUAUGUUCAAUUUGCUUAAUUUCUUUCUGAAUUAGAGAAAGAAUAAAUUGGGAUACCUACAGUUUAUGAAGCUUCCACUUAAGUACAAGCUGAUGCCAAGAGACAUUUUAUAAAUUACCAUAUAAUGUGUGUGACCAAGGACUUAACAUUUUUAAGUUGCUCAGCUGCAUCCUCCUGGGCCUAUUUAAUACCUCGAAAAAUAUUUUCAGAAUAGGCCACUUAAACUUUUACUGAUUUCUUAAAGUCUUGUGGUAUGUCUGUGGUAUAGGGAUGUCAUGGUAAAUUUUUUUUCCAAUAAAUAUUUUGAAAUUUAUGUUUUCAUAUGAGGUUUUUUUAAUUCAUAAUUUUUUGCUUUUGUGCAUACUUAGCAUUUCCAGGGGUAAAAUCUAGCAUGUGGUGUAAGAUCUCAACCUCCCUAUCUGAGCUCAGCUCACUUUUCAGUUAUAAAAUCCCAAGAUGAUAUUCAAAAUCUGGGCUCACAAGGCAAUAGUGUCAGGUGCAGCAAUUUAUUUCUUAUACAAACUUCAUCAUUGACAGUUUCUUUUUGUUACCAUUGCUUUAGUGUUAGUUUACAGUAAAAUUUGUCUUAAUGUAUAUGCAUUGUAGGGUUUUUUAUUUUCAAUUUCCGUUUUCUGUUAGUGAUAUGCUGUUUUUCUUAUGAAUACCCUAAUAAUUUCAACUGGAAUUCAUUCUUUGCAUGUUUAAGCAACCUUAAGUUAGAAGAAUGCCACCUUGAUUUGUGAGAUUAAAAAAUCUCAGAAGGAAAAAAGACUAAAAUUGUCUUCGUUUUAGUCAAUAGCAUUUUGUCUAAAGAAGCCCUGUCCAACUUACAGAUCUUUCUGGAGGUCCAGCAAAGAAAUACUAAACAAAAGGCCUUUGGUCUCUUUCUUCCCUGACUUAAAGUUUGGUGCUACUGAAGUUGGGUACAUCAGGGAAUUCUCUCAAACACUAAUAUGUGCCAUCCUGGUGGGUUCACUCCUGCAGUCAUUUGGGUUUGUUACAUAAUUUUUGUGGUUCACUGAGGAUUAGGACCCUUCUUGCCAUCAAAUUUGUCCUUGCUUGUUUAAUAAUUUUAUUACUUUUUAGGAGUCCCCGCCACAGUGGUCUUCCUAAAUAAUUUUAUUAAAGCUUGAUAAGAAAAUUGGUAAUUUUAUGGAAAUCUAGUAUAGAAAAGUCUCAGAAAUAAUGAGUGCCAUUUGGCUAUUUCUUAAUCAGACAACUAGAAAACUGAACAUGGUCAAAUGCCAAAGCUUUUGGCCACAACUUCACAAAUUGAAAGGAUGAUUUGCUAAGAAACAGUCCUGUUUUUGCCACUUAAUUUCUGUAUUUUCCCUAGGAUUUGAAGCCUCUUUGGAUGGCAAAAUUCAUACUAAAAAAACAUUUGCUGAGUUAAUGUAGUUUCUAAAAUGUUUUAUUAUUCAUUUUAAAAUUAACACCUAUUUCGCCUCUUAGCUUUGGCGGACCUCAACUGCCAAGAGUUGUUGUUGUUUUCUCUUAAGAAUUAUUUAUGUUUAUUUGAAAGUAAGAUUUUAUAAAGAGAAAGAGAAAUAGAAAGUCUUCCAUCUACUGGGUCACUCCCCACAUGACCCCAACAGCCAGAGCUGAACUGACCUGAAGCUGGAUGCCAGUAGUCUUUUCUAGGUCUUUCACGUGGGUGCAGCGUCCCAAGGACUUGGGCCAUCCCUUGCUGCCUUCCCGGCCAUACAGAGAGCUGAAAGGGAAGUGGAGCAGCUGGGACAUGAACUGGCACCCAUGUGGUAUGCUGACACCAUAGGGCAGAGGAUUAGCGUGCUGCGCCAACACCCUGACCCCAGGAAAUGUUUUUCUAUUUGAUAUUGAAUUCAUCUCUAGCUUGCCCACAAAUCUCAGGAAUGUUUUAGGAAGAAAACUGGUUUUACCCUGUUGGUGAUCUAAAAGAGUGUGCAUUAGAUUUACUAAAUAUUGCUUUUCUUAAUUGCACUCCUAAGUAUCUAUAGCAUGAGUGGCCUUAGUGAGUUUGUUGAAGUGCACAUGUUUUUCAAAAAUAAAAUUUAAAAAUCUAUGCUAUAUAUAGAUACCUAGCAAACUUGGCUUGUGGAGCACAGUUAAGUGUUGGAUCACUAGAUAACAUUGCCGGUACCAUUUGUGUAACAUGACUUAUGCUGUAUAUUCCUUUUCACAGGAAGAAAUGUUGCCGUGGUAACUAAAACUUUUCAACUUUGUUCUACUUUUAUGAUGUGAAUGAAUGCUACAUUUUAUUAAAUAUUACCAGCUCAGUACUAUUUUUAUACUUUAUUAAAGCAGCAGGGGAUUUUAGUUUAGUAGGCUCAAAACAAAAAGCUUUUACUGUAACACUUAAAUUUAAAAACAAAUCACUAAUGAUCUUUACACAAAAAUCCCCGGUAGUGUGCCACAGUAAUUUUUACAGACAUGCCUAAGAUCAUUGCUAGAUUUUUGGAAGACAUUCUUCGUUGUGUCUGACGACGUUUCAUACCAUUCUUACUGAUUUGUAGUGCCCACCAUGGUUUGUAACUAUUAAACCAGACUGAUUGUUUGUAUCCAGCAUUGUGAUAUAUUCUGUACUUGUAUUGUUAAAACUGAAUUAUUGACCUAAUAAAUAUAGUGUUCCUGCA